CAACAUUAUAUCAGGACCUAUAGACACCUGGACCAACCUGGAGAGAACACAGCAUUAUAUCAGGACCUAUAGACACCUGGACCAACCUGGAGAGAACACAACAAGAUGAGGAUCCUGCUGAUAGUCAUCCUCCUAUCCUUCAUGACAGGUUGUUUGAGCUCCUUCACAGUGACAGGAUCCUCUGGAGGAACUGUCAUCAUCUACUGUCAUUAUUCCACAGAAGACAGAAGUCAUGAGAAAUAUUUCUGCUUGGGGCAGAACCGUUUGAGAUGUAAGGAUCAAAUCAGAACUGGAUUGAGGAACACCUGGAAGCACAGUGGUAGAUUCUCUCUGUAUGACAACACUGGAGGAAAGUACUUCAAGGUGAUCAUCAGACAACUGACCAGACAAGAUGAAGGGACCUACUGGUGUGGAGUGGACAAACCUACUCUACUUGACAGUUAUACCAAGAUAGAGCUGGAGGUGAAGAAGGAUGACUGCUGUGAGAAGUCAGUCACAGAGACGGCCUUUCUGGGAGGAGAAGCCACCAUCAGAUGUAACUAUCCAGAGGACCAUGAGGACGACAUCAAGUACUUCUGCAAGGAAAGCAAUGACUUCAAGACUUGUGUUUAUAUGAUCGCUGCUCACCAGACAUCUGCAGAAGCUGGUCGAUUCUCUGUUUCUGACAACAGAGGAGAGAGAUUCUACACAGUGAACAUCAGUGACCUGACUGAAGAUGAUACUGGGACCUACUGGUGUGGAGUAGAAACCAGCAGGACAGAACAACGUUACAUUACACUGAUCACACAGGUGAAGCUGCUUGUUAUAAGUGAGUUUAAACUUCCUCUUUCUCAUUAA